AUGGCGGCGGUGAGGAGGGUUGCAGGCUUGUCGCUCCUCGGGCGGGAGAUCAAGACCGGCGAUGAUGGAUUCGUCGGCGCGCCCGCGUCGGCCGUCACGACGCCUGAGCCGGGGCCUUCGGCCACGGCGGCCAGGAUCACGCCGGCCGUGCUGUUCAUCACGGUCGUGCUGGCCGUGGUGCUGCUCGUCUGCGGGCUGAUGCACAUCCUGCGCCGGCUCUUCCUCAAGAGCCACCGCGCCAAUGCCCGGGCGGAGGCCGUGGAGCGGCAGCUGCAGCAGCUGUUCCACCUGCACGAGGACGGCGCCGGGCCCGGCCUCGACCAGGCCGCCAUCGACGCGCUGCCGUCGUUCGCGUACGUCGAGCUCUCCGGCUCCGGCUCCGGCGCCAAGGGGCAGCGCCAGUUCGACUGCGCCGUCUGCCUCAGCGAGUUUAGCCCCGACGACCGCCUCCGCCUGCUCCCGCUCUGCGGCCACGCGUUCCACGUCGCCUGCAUCGACACCUGGCUCCGCUCCAGCUCCACGUGCCCGCUCUGCCGCACCGUGCUCUCGGUUCGCGCGCCCUCCGCCGUCGCGGCGGCCGCGGACGCCUCCGGCGAGCCGGACAUCGAGCAGCAGAAGCAGGAGCAGGAGGAUGCGUCAGCGUCAAAGGAGGUCGUCGUUGCAAGCAGCGUCGUGCUUCCGGUCAGGCUCGGCCGGUUCAAGAACGUCCAGGGCAACAACAACACCGCCGUCGACGUCGAGGCGGGCACCAGCAGCCGCCUCGACGCGAGGAGGUGCUUCUCCAUGGGCUCCUCCUACCAGUACGUGCUCGCUGAAGACAACCUGGUGGUGUCCGUGCACUGGCGUCCCGGCGACGGCAGCGCGGCCAUGCGCCCCGGCGUGACCACGGCGAUCAGUGACCAGCAGGGCAAGAAGGUCUGCGCCGCCAGCCGCGGCGACAGCUUCUCGGUGUCCAAGAUCUGGCAGUGGCGCCACGGCGGCAGGCGGCUCCCGGGCCUCCGCGCCGGCUCGUCGUCCCCGACGGAUCAGGACCUCCCGUGGGCGUCGCCGGCGAGCACACGCAGCACGAGGCAAGAAACCGACACCUGA